AUGAAACAAGAAAAAAAUAUUAUAGUCUUCACUCAACAAGACUUUUAAGCUAAUUUCUUAGUGAACCCAAAUCCUCCCUUAGGUUCAGGACAUGAUGCUAAGGUCUAUUUGGCUAUGCAUAAGCGAACUGGAGAAAUGUUUGCCCUCAAAGUCCUUACUUCAAUAACACCAGACCAUCUCAAUAAUCUCCAGGUUUAUUUUGUAUUUAUUUAGUGAACGAAAUUAAAAUACUUAAAUUAAUA